GGCGGCGGCUUUGUCUCUUGGGCUGGUUCCUGGCGGCUCCCUCCCCGGAACAGCUGCCACCGAGGGAGGAAGCGGCGCGGUCCAGAGCCCUAGUGCUGAAGCCCCCGAGCCCUCGUCAUCCACCACCACCAUGUAAGGGCCAUGAAAAGGGCUCGUCCUGGCGCAGCGCGGACAUGGAGGAGGACUUAUUCCAGCUAAGGCAGCUGCCGGUGGUGAAAUUCCGUCGCACAGGCGAGAGUGCAAGGUCAGAGGACGACACGGCUUCGGGAGAGCAUGAGGUCCAGAUUGAAGGGGUCCGUGCAGGCCUAGAGGCCGUCGAGCUGGAUGAUGGGGCAGCUGUGCCUAAGGAGUUUGCCAAUCCCACCGACGAUACUUUCAUGGUGGAAGAUGCGGUGGAAGCCAUUGGUUUUGGAAAAUUUCAAUGGAAGCUCUCUGUUCUCACCGGCUUGGCUUGGAUGGCCGACGCCAUGGAGAUGAUGAUCUUGAGCAUCCUCGCGCCGCAGCUGCACUGCGAGUGGCGGCUGCCCAGCUGGCAGGUGGCAUUGCUGACCUCGGUGGUCUUUGUCGGCAUGAUGUCCAGUUCUACCCUCUGGGGAAACAUCUCAGACCAGUAUGGCAGGAAAACAGGGCUGAAGAUCAGUGUGCUCUGGACCCUGUACUAUGGCAUCCUCAGUGCUUUCGCGCCCGUGUACAGCUGGAUCCUGGUGCUCCGGGGCCUGGUGGGCUUCGGGAUCGGAGGGGUCCCCCAGUCGGUGACGCUCUAUGCUGAGUUCCUUCCCAUGAAAGCCAGAGCUAAGUGUAUUUUGCUGAUUGAGGUGUUCUGGGCCAUCGGGACAGUGUUCGAGGUUGUCCUGGCUGUGUUUGUGAUGCCCAGCCUGGGCUGGCGUUGGCUGCUCAUCCUCUCGGCUGUCCCACUCCUCCUCUUUGCUGUUCUGUGUUUUUGGCUGCCAGAGAGUGCAAGGUAUGAUGUGCUGUCCGGAAACCAGGAAAAGGCCAUCGCCACCUUAAAGAGGAUAGCCACAGAAAACGGAGCCCCCAUGCCUCUGGGGAAACUCAUCAUCUCCAGACAGGAAGACCGAGGCAAAAUGAGGGACCUCUUCACACCCCAUUUUAGAUGGACAACCUUGCUGCUGUGGUUUAUAUGGUUUUCCAAUGCAUUCUCUUACUAUGGAUUAGUUCUGCUCACCACUGAGCUCUUCCAAGCAGGAGAUGUCUGCAGCAUCUCCAGCCGGAAGAAGGCGGUAGAGGCAAAAUGCAGCCUGGCCUGUGAGUACCUGAGUGAAGAGGAUUACAUGGACCUGCUGUGGACCACCCUGUCUGAGUUCCCAGGUGUCCUUGUGACUCUCUGGAUUAUCGACCGCCUGGGCCGCAAGAAGACCAUGGCCCUGUGCUUCGUCAUCUUCUCCCUCUGCAGCCUCCUGCUGUUUAUCUGUGUUGGAAGAAAUAUGCUCACUCUGUUACUCUUCAUUGCAAGAGCGUUUAUUUCUGGAGGCUUCCAAGCAGCUUAUGUUUACACACCUGAGGUCUACCCCACGGCGACCCGAGCUCUGGGCCUGGGCACCUGCAGCGGCAUGGCAAGGGUGGGUGCGCUCAUCACCCCGUUCAUUGCUCAGCUGGCCAGACACUGCCGGAUGAGCAAGUCCAUUCGCUUCACCCUCAAAUAACCUGGAGGAUCUGGGGAAUGCGGUGGGGAAGGAGGGCUUGGUGGGCAGAGGUGUUUUCCAGGGGCUGGAGUAAAGAGACUUGUAGUUGUGGGUUUUCUCUUGUUGAGAAAAUGAAAGGUGAAAACUCUUGGCCUUCUGAAUUGCCUGCCCUUUUAUGAAAUCGAUAUUAUUGAAUGAUACAAGAGCUGCCACAAAAGUUGCCCAAACCUCUGAAAUGCGUGAGACCUUUAGCUGAAGACCUUUGUAUCUAAUUUUGAACUGUCCAAAAGCUCCCCUUUUCAUUACUGGAAAUGUCAUCUGUUUCUCUCAGUGUUAGGAAAGAUUUUAGAAAAUGGCAAAAGAUGUUCAAUGUAGCCAGGGUUAUAUGGUUUCUUUCUUUCCCUUCAAGUAUGCUCAGGAAUACAUAAAUGGGAUGUGUUGGCAGUGAGAUAAAAGAGUAUCUUAGAGAUGGAUUUUGAAAUGAAUAUGGAUAUGCAUUAUUUUUAAAUAAUGUUAAGCAACAGAGAGGCUUGAAGGAUAAGAUCAUCCCUUGGUUACUACAGUAAACAUCAAAGGACUGGGAUAACCUUGAGCUGCAAGCAACAGUAAAACCUACCAAUAGUAGUUUAACCCAUUAGAAUACUAAUUGUUCAUUUGACAACAAGCCCAGAGUCAGAGAGUUCCAGGGAAGGCUCAGCAGCUCAACAAUGUCAUCAAGGACCCAGCUUCUUUUUGCCUUUCCUCUCUACCGUCCUCUGCAUGUUGCCCAUUGACCCUAUGUGUGAAACCUCAUGGUCACAAAAUAGCUGCCAAAGUGCCAGGCAUCAAGUUUUUUUCAAAGAUGUUAGAAUGGGGAAGAAGCAGUCACAGAAGGUUUUCUUUCUAAAGGGUCUAUUGUUUUUGCUUGGAAAGGGAAAUCCUGCAGCAGAUUUACCAUUGCUUUGUAUUGGUCAAACCUGGGUCACAUGCCCAUCCCAGCAUGUGCCCCCUGCUAGGGCUGGAGAAGGAACGGCCUAUCUCCCACAGGAUCAAGGGAUACCCACAGCCUUUUGAACACAAAAUUGAGAUUCUGGUAGAAGGAAGACAAUAGUGGUGGGAUGGGAGAUAGUUGAGAGAAACCUUGACAGAGUUCUCAUCAAGGCUGUUUUAGUUGCAAGGAAUAGAAAUUGUACUCAGAUUAAUUCAAAUCAAGCACUACAGAUUUAAUAUAAGACUGGGAACAGUAGUUAAUUUCCUGGGGACUAUAAAUGUGGGAAACAGAAGUGUAAGGAACAACAGGAAGAGGGGAAGGUUGUGGCAGAGUAUGGGACAUAGGGGGCGGCUACUACUCAGCUCCAGCUGAUUUUGUGGUACCAUAGAAUCGCCUGAUUUUCAAGACAGGAAUCUGGAUUCUUAUGUGAAAUCUCCAAAUUUUAGUAUGUUAGAUCAAUUUUUUAAAAAUUUUAUUAUGUUGGAUUGUUUAAAUUUUUAAAUGUGUGACUCCAAUAAAAUUUAUCUGUAGGCCAGAUUUGGUUGAUGGGCGACCAGUUUGCAGCCUCUGAAAGGUUAGAGAGAUCACUGAAAUAAAUGGAACGGGGACCUGGAGAGCCACCAGGGCCUGAGGCAGCCCUCUCUCUGGAUCCGUGGCCCUGGUUUCUGUCCCUCUCUGCAGACUGGCUUCCUAUUGACCCCCUCAUGGCUGCUGCAUAUGCCUGACUAUGCAUAUGGCUCAGGCUCACCAGGGCUCGGCUCUGCAAACACAUCUGACUCAGCUGUUCGGUGUCCCACUUCUAAAGUCUCAGGAGAGAAAGCUGAUUGGCCCAGUU